GCGCUCGCUGCUCUGGAUCCUCCAGGCCGAGGCGCCGGCGGCUGCGGGAGGCCGGUGGAUUGGGCGGAGGAAGGCCAGGAGGGCGCGGGCGCCCUGUGCUCUGAUCAAGCGUGAGGCGGCCGGGGGCCGGGACGCCAUGUCCAUGGAAGACCCCUUCUUUGUGGUGAAAGGAGAGGUACAGAAAGCGGUCAACACUGCCCAGGGAUUGUUUCAGAGAUGGACAGAGCUACUCCAGGAUCCCUCCAUAGCAACAAGGGAAGAAGUCGACUGGACCACCAACGAACUGAGAAACAACCUCCGGAGCAUAGAGUGGGAUCUAGAAGACCUUGACGAAACUAUCAGCAUAGUUGAAGCAAAUCCUAGAAAAUUCAAUCUCGAUGCAACUGAAUUGAGUAUAAGAAAAGCCUUCAUUACAAGUACCCGGCAAGUUGUCAGGGAGCCCUGGAGCCCUCGUGGUGCAGUGGUUAAGAGCUCAGCUGCUAACCAAAAGGACAUGAAGGAUCAGAUGUCAGCUUCAUCUGUGCAGGCAUUAGCUGAAAGAAAAAAUAGACAGGCACUGCUAGGAGAAAGCGGUGGCCAGAGCUGGAACACUGGAACAACGGAUAAAUAUGGGCGCCUCGAUCGAGAGCUGCAGUUAGCCAACUCCCACUUCAUCGAGGAGCAGCAGGCACAGCAACAGUUGAUUGUGGAACAGCAGGAUGAGCAGUUGGAGCUGGUCUCUGGCAGCAUCGGGGUGCUGAGGAACAUGUCCCAGCGCAUUGGAGGGGAGCUAGAGGAACAGGCCGUCAUGCUGGAUGAUUUCUCCCACGAGUUGGAGACCACUCAGUCUCGGCUGGACAAUGUGAUGAAGAAACUUGCAAAAGUGUCUCACAUGACCAGUGAUCGGCGCCAGUGGUGUGCAAUAGCCAUCCUCUUUGCAGUCCUGCUGGUCGUGCUAGUCCUCUUCUUUGUGCUGUGAUGGGGCCCAGGUGCGAAUUUCUCCUGCACAUGAACUGAGGGCGUCAGGAGACGUGAGCACAUGCGCAGCUGUCUACUCACAUUCCUGUCCUGAGCACGCACCACUGCACCGCCGCUUCUCCGUGACCCACAAUUGAGAGCUCCUCCACUCGGCCGCGGGAAGAGGACACGGAGGACCGCACACUCCCGGCGCUGGCUCCACGACAGAAGCCCUGCGCUGCCUGUCCUGCUCCAAGGACAACUGGCCGCUGCUUUGCCACCCUGGACUCGUUGUACCCGUGGAGGGAUCUGAGUGAUCCUGAAAAAUCAGCAGAUCGGCUCAUGUUUUGCUGUCGCUCACUUCACCCAACUCUGGCAGCUCUUCCUCUGCUCAGACCCUCCCCACCGCUCAGACAGCGCGCCUCCAUCCUGUCAAAGAGAAUCCUGUCGUGAAUGUGGGGUUCCGGGUGUCUCAUUUCCCAUCACUGUAGCAUUUCUUAGUCCCUGAGAGCUGAUUCUUAACGGGGCAGAAGGCUCAGAGCAGUUGUGACAGAAAAUGAGUGCUCAUUUUUCAGGGAUAAGCACUGGGAUGGAAUUGCUUCUCCAGACACUUUCUGUGAGUGUGUGUGAGAGAAAUAACUGAUGGAGAAUAGUGAAAAGCACUGGGCUUUUGGGGUGCUAACAACCUGUGGCUUUAAUAAAUGGGAAGAAAGAGCAACGUGACCCUGAAUUUGCACAGCUAGAGAUCAGAGCCAGAGCCUUGCCGAUUUCACCUGGCUGUCUGGGACGUCCUCCCAGAGGUGCAACUUGAAUUUUGAGGAUGACCCUUAAAUAUAUGGUUGCCGAGCCACUUGGCAGCACACUUGAAUGAAUUAGGACACUGAAUUGUCAUGACUGACAGUCAUUUUAUUUCUGUGGCCUCUACAUUGGGGGGCAGUGAGGAGACGGGAGCGGUUAGUACAUUUAUUACAUUUACUCAGAAACUGUCAUGACACAAGGCUAGCUCUGGCCCUGACUUUUCUUUCCCUGUGAGUAAUGGUGAAGAUGGGUAGGUGAACUUGGUUCUCUUUUUCCCUAAGAUAACAACUCAAUUUUAUCACCCAUUCAAAUAACAGCCAAUCCAAAUUUAACUGGCAGAGGCUUUAAUUGACUUUAAAUCGUUAAAACUGCUGAGACACUAACCUUCAAGCUUCUGAUUAUUUUUUUAAAUGUCUCAGAUGUACUCGUGUGCACGGGAUGUUUUUAUAACUCUCCCCAUGAAUCAGCUAGUAGCAGCUGAACCCCGAGCCAGAGCUUGACUGCAGAGGCUGCGAGGCUGUCUUCUCACCGUCCUCCUUUGCACUUGGAAAGAGCAGCUCCAUCCGGAGAGGGUUUUUCUUGCCUUCUCCUUUCUUCAUCUUUUGGGUGCAUUCCUCAGCACACUUUCACUUUUUUCCUGCUUUGUUUGUAUUUUCUGUGUGUUGUUUUCUUUUUUUAUGAUUUCCAACGAUACGCUUGCCUAGCUAACUUAUGAAUUGCACUUUUUAAUAUUUGUAACAGUUUUUGAAGAAGGAUCUUUGCUACUGUUUAGGAUCAUGGUAGGUAAGGAAAUCUUGUGGAUGAAAGCGAAAAGCAAAUUUAUAAAAAAGGGGGGUGGCUAGCAUCCAUGUUUAUAUUCAACUCCGUUUGAUAACUAAGAAGUUAUCUAAAAAAAAAAAAUUAUUACAAAGGGCUUCAGAGAUAUAGGGCACUAGAUUAUGUUUUAUACAGCUCUAAGACUUACUCAGAUUGUCUUCCGUAAGCUUAAAACAGGGACGGCCCUUAGGUUUACAUUAAAAUAGAGAAGUCUUUUGUUAAAAACAAAUGUGGACCUUAUUUCAGGACUGUGAUCUAUACUCCCCACAUUACCGAACUGUACAACUGGCUUCUUCAAAAAUUACCCGAUUGCUCCGAUUAAAAGCCCUGCUUUUGUCCUGCUGUUACCAGCUUUACUGUGCCAGGCAAAAUAGCACGUGUGUCACUACGGCCUGCUUGGAACACACCUGGUCAUUAAUGAGUAAGAUGUUUCCAUUCGGUCAGGGACCAAGUUUUGUGACCCUGAAGGCUUGAUUAUUAAAUUCCUGGAUAGAUUUAGAGUUGACAUACUGACCUUGUUGAUUGCAGGCGUUUGCUAAACUGGCUAUUGGAGACCAGACUCAGGUUGCAGUCAAAUAGGGAACUAUGUGGAGAGAAAGUUUACUUAAAGUGCAGGCACUGCAUGGUGUUCUCUGUGUGGGGUCACUGCUCUCUCCUGCCUCUAAGGAGCUGAAUUUAUUCAUCAGAGUCAGCCUUUCCUCAGGGGAACCUUUGGCCAAGCUGACCUGACCUGGGUCUGAGCCUGUUGUACCUUGACUGGGCAGUCACUGCAGAGCCAGUGGGAAUUUGAAGGCCUCCCGCUCAGACUCCAAACUGUGAUAGUCAGAGAAGAGGCCAGAACGUAUAUUUCCUCAUUAAUGAUCCUCAUGUUACUGAGCUUCGGAGAGACCCCCAGUGGUCUCUUCUGCUUUCUCCUCUGCCCUGUGUCAUAGAGUGAGGAGAUGAAGUAGGCAGCGGUGACACCCCCAUACAUCCUCAUAGCAGUUGGGUUUUUUCUUUUUCUGCAGCUUUCUGCACCUAGUCCCAUCUUCAGCAUUCUUAAAGAACUGGCAGAAUGUGAUGGAUAACAGAGAAAGAGCUUGAUGUAUGUUUAUUGGAAGAACAUUUUACUUAUCAACUGAUUUGGGGGUAGGAUGAAGAAUGAACCAUUGAGAGAGUUUGCCAGAGUGUGAAUCCAACUGGAAAACCAAAAUACCUUUUGCUUUUAGUCCUAAUUUUUGGUCUUGUGUUUGUGUGGGCUGUGAAAAAUCACAGUGCUGUGGCCUGUACUACAUGGCAAUUGGAAGUUGCAAUGUGUGUGUGUUACAUGUAUCUUCCACAAUUUCAGAAUUCAUGCCAGAGCCGAAGGGGGAGAAACUUGGCAACUUGCCUGCUCUCUGCGUUUAGCCAGAGUUAAACAGACUGAUGGGUCUGGUAGCCAACAACUUGGCAACUUCUAUUCAUUCUCACCUCGUGAGAUUAAGGGCUGUGAAAAGAAAUCUAGUCUAACUCCAACAGAAAUCUGUCUCUGUUAAGUAUUUUACCUUCUGUAAGGGAUAAGGGAAGAUGGUGGAGCCAAGAUUUUUUCUUUUGGUAAUUUCCCUGGUUAUAAAGUGAGGCCAGAGGGAUACCUAUUCCCAGCUACCUUUUUAGAGAAUGUAUAGCACUGGAAGAUCUGAAAAUUGAAUGAUAAAUAGUGCGUUGCUUUUCAACUCUGUAGACUUUGUAUUAUUUGGCUUCACCUUGCGCCACAGGAUGAAUUUUGUAAAUGAAAUUUGGAGUGUCUGGAAGACUUAAAUUCAAAAAUAUGGAAUACACUACCUCUAGUUCUCCCUCUUUGUCUUCCUCUCUCCGGCAUUUCUUUCUUUCCCCAGUUUUUUAAGAAUAGUCAUAAAGAAGAAUGUUCUUUGACCAUCACAAAGAGUGAGCAGGUGAAACAAAGGGUUCCCAGAUACCCAGAUGGCAGUUACUCUGCGCCAUCCCUGACCGUGGUCAGGUGCUGAAGACAACGCCCCACUGAAAGGCCUCGUGAGCGAGGCAGCCAGAGGCGCACCCUGGCUUUUCCCAGGUGAGAGGAGACAGUCUUUCUUAAUAUCCAGCUGUCCUCACCAGCUCCCAGUCUGAAACAUAUACUUAAAAUAACUGAGGUCUUAUCCUCAUAAAGGAGCCCUGGUGGCGCAGUGGUUAAGAACUUGACUGCUAACCAAAAGGUCAGCAGUCCGAAUUCACCAGCUACUCUUUGGAAACCCUGUGGAGCAGUUCUACUCUGCCCUGUAGGGUUGCUAUGAGUUGGAAUCGACUUGACGGCAGAUGGCUUCGUUUUUUUUGUUUUGGUGUUCUCGUAAAGAAGCCCUGGUGGUGUAGUGGUUAAGCGUUCAGCUGUUAACCAACAGGUCAGCGGUUAGAACCUGGCAGCCUCUCUGUGGGAGAAAGAUGGGGCAGUCUGCUUCCGUAAACAUUACAGUCUUGGAAACCCUAUGGGGCAGUUCUGUUCUGUCCUGUAGGGUUGCUAUGAUUUGGAAGCCACUCAGUGGCAACAGGUUAUUCUUGCGAGGCCUGUUGUAUGUAAACAUGGAUACUGUUCUCACCUGUGUUUACUUGAUGUGUAACUGUGCUCUCUCUAGGGUUGGACCCAGAAAACCAAGAGAGCUUUGAGUGGCACGACAAGAGUCUUGUUAAACAGCACUGCUGUGAACCAGCAUGACUGAAGCCUGGUGCUGGGUAACCUCGGGGCAAGGAUAUGGCUCCAAAAGAGCUGACUUUUGUAGUUUUCCCCCUUAGAUGGUAGACCAAAGGGACUUGUUCAGUGCUCUUGUUUGAGGCCUGAGACAGUGGCAGCUCACUCCAGCUUCCAUGGGAGUCAUUGGACACAUUGCAUUCUGAACCUGGCCACUGAGAAUCCCACACGCUCUCUGGGACAAGCUUAAGGUAUUUAAAGCUGACCUCAGUGACAUCAGUUAAGAUGGCUGAUAUUGUCAUGCUCACCCCAGGCAAUUGGAUUUUUUUUUUUUUUUUGCCUUUUGGGCAAAUACUGAAGUUCUGAAAGUUUUAGUGGUGCCUUGGACAGGUUGCUGCAAUGUAUAUAUUUGGGAGCUCUUUGUUACACUAUAGUCUUUCUACUAAUACAGAUUCUUGGGUCAGGGGAGGGAAGAGAGAAAAAGAACUUGGUUUCCCUCCGACGUGAGCUAACCUGUUGGUGCUGUUUUCCUUCUGACGCUACCUUUGCCCAGAAACGCCUUCCGGGUAUCUGUGGAUAGUAACUGCGCUCAGUGAUUCUUCAAGUCACCUGCCUAACUGCUUAGUCUUAGCACAAACGUUUCAUGGCCCGGUUUCCAAACUGCGGCCAGGCCCUUGUGAGAAAGUGUAUUUUAUCAUUUUUUAAAGAUUAUGAGUUAUCAAACAUGGAAGCUUCUUGGUUAUUCAGGGGGAUGUUAGAAAUAAGGCCCCUACCUUGGUCGUUGGCUGACCAAAGCUGUCAGGUCCUGUCCCUGCCUGGCCUUGGCGGCAGCCCAGCACUCUGCUCCAGCUGGGCUUAUGGGCAGUGCUGGGGUGAUGCCAAGUUCAGGGUUGCUCCUUUAUGCUCUGCAGAAAGUAAAUUUUAGUUCAGACCCUAUUACUGAACAGCAAGUGCGAUCCUGCCAUCGAGGCCUGUUCUGGGAGAGGCACGUGUCUUACUCCUCAGGAAAAUAGUCUCUGGUACCCUGUCAACUGUGUGGGUGAGGAGAAGACAGCCACAAAAAAACCCGGUGCUGUCGGUGCCCCUCUAAUAAGUUUUUGGAACUGCUUUUUAGGUUCCAUACUGGCCCGGCCCAACUCUGGGGAGAUGGACUUCAGAGAAAGCCCAGGGCGAGCAGUGGCAAGGGCCAAAGAAACCAAGCUGUAUGUGAUAUGGAGCCCAUUUUUAUAGGUGAAAAUAUGCUUUCACUGGCUCAUUUAUAAUUGGAAAUUAGUGUAACUCUAAAGUGAAAUGUGUAAUACAAGGCAAAACUCAACAGGAAUAAACCAGUGUAUUUUCUCCCCCAAGGAUAAUGACCCUACAUAGUUUUAUUUUUAAAUGACUAGCAGUUACAAACUGAAGAUAAGAGAAAAAGAAUGAGAAUUUUGCAGAUUCCUGGCUGGUUCACAGAUGGUCCUUCCUCCCCCUGACAGAAUGAGAGAGGGCUCCAGCCCUGGGGCCAGAAGUUUACAGCCCUCUGCUGACAGGUGGAUCUUUGGUAGCUCAACACAGUGGGUCUCCAAGUGUGGACUGGGACCAGCAGCCCCAGCAGCCGGGGGACUUGUUAGAAAUGCAAGUCUCAGGCCCCAUCCCAGACCUGCAGAUCAGCCCCCUGGGAGUGGGCCCAGUUGUCAGUUUUCACAAGCUCUCCAGAUGGCUCUGACACUCAAGCUCAGGUUUGCGAACCACUGUUGCAGUGGAGUUGAGGCUACAGUCAGCCAUGCCUGCAAAAAGAUUGGGUUUGAUUGUCACCCUGACAUGAAACAGAAUUUGAUGACACUACAAACCUGAAAACAUUUUUCUAAUACUCGUUUUAAGAAAGAAAUCUCAGCCAGCCAUCCUAAAAGGUGAUAUUUUUACUCCCUGAAGUAUAUUAGUAACAUUUCUUACUUCUCUUGAAAUCAUGUUACAACUGUGUAAGGAAUACUGUUCAGUAUUAAAGAGAACUGGAGAGACCAUGA